GCGUGCCCCUUGACCUUUGGCUGAGCGCAGGCAGUGAUGGCGGACGCGGAGCUGCCGAAGUGCUGCAGGAACCGGGGCGGCGUCCAGCGGGUGGAGUCCAAGCUCCGCGCCAGCGUGGAGAAGGGCGACUACUACGAGGCCCACCAGAUGUACCGGACGCUGUUCUUUCGGUAUAUGUCCCAAAGUAAACAUGCUGAAGCUAGAGAACUUAUGUAUUCUGGGGCAUUGCUUUUCUUCAGUUACAGUCAGCUAAACAGUGCUGCUGAUUUAUCUAUGCUAGUGUUAGAGUCAUUGGAAAAAUCAGAAGCUAAGGUUACAGAUGAUCUCUUAGAAAGUCUUGGUAAACUUUUUAGUCUAAUGGAUCCAAACUCCCCCGAAAGAGCAGCGUUUGUAUCCAGAGCAUUAAAGUGGUCUAGUGGUGGUUCAGCUAAACUUGGUCACCCUAAGCUCCAUCAGCUGCUAGCAGUCACACUGUGGAAAGAACAAAACUACACUGAAUCUCGGUAUCACUUCCUACACUCAGCAGAUGGGGAGGGCUGUGCAAAUAUGUUAGUAGAAUAUUCUGCAUCAAAGGGCUACCGGAGUGAAGUGGACAUGUUUGUGGCUCAGGCAGUCUUACAGUUUCUUUGCUUAAAAAAUAAAAACACUGCGUCGCUGGUCUUCACAACUUAUACAGAGAAGCAUCCUUCUAUAGAAAAGGGGCCUCCAUUUGUACAGCCUUUGUUAAACUUUAUUUGGUUCUUAUUACUUGCUGUUGAGGGGGGGAAACUUACCGUUUUUACAGUGUUAUGUGAACAGUAUCAGCCAUCUUUAAAGAGAGAUCCUAUGUACAUUGAGUAUCUAGACCGAAUAGGUCAGAUUUUCUUUGGAGUUGCACCAAGACAGACUUCCUCAUAUGGAGGAUUAUUAGGAAACCUUUUGAAUAGCUUGAUGGGUACGGGAGACGAUGAUGAGGUUGAUGGAGAUGGACCAGAAGAUGUCAAUCCUAUUGAUCUUGACUAAGAAGACAAUUAACUUUGAUAUAAAGUUCUGAAGACAAAAUUUCAGUGAGGUGUUUAAAGAACAAUCUGUGUCUACCAGAAAUAAAACUGCUAUACUGUGGGACAUUUUACAUGAUUGUUUCGGUGAGCAUCGGCAGAGAGUGCUCUUUCUCUUUUUAUGAAGGAAAUGCAAAUGAUGUUUCCUAUUUGUCUAUAUUGGAAAUGCUGUAUUAUUUAUGUUCAGUAGACACUUCAUGGUUUAAAGAACGGUUCCAUUGGCUGUGUGUUCACAGAUGUAAUAAGUUUUGUCUUUCUAGAUUAUUUUACAUUAAGUUUCAAAUACUUUGCAGCUUUGUACUGGGAUGCUGAUGCCAAUGGCACUACACCUGAUGGUGUCGGCUGCAUCAAACAAGAUGGUCACUCUUGUUUGGUCAUUGAGGCAUCUCAAAUUGAUAAAACUAUUUCUUGUUUUACGAGGCAGAAUAGUUUUCAAUAGGAACAAAAGUACAGCUGUAAGGAUCAGCAGCACUUUUAUACAAGUGGUGAACCAGUUGCACACGGAUCACAAAGGAUCAUGCAGAAAGGUGGUCUUAACUACUUCUGAACCAAUAAAUCAGAUUGAAGCAGAUUGUCGCUACCCCUUAUUUUAUUUGAAAUGGUAAAUGUUGUGCUAGGAAUUGUAUCCAGGCGCUGUGAGAAUAUUGUAAAUACUGUGUCAGAGCUGACACAGGGCUGAAUCUGCAUGUUGAAGAUUUGCAUGCUAGAAAGAUACAAUGAUUUUUAAGCAUCAAAUUUCAGGUGCUAAAACUUGUUGAAAGAUGUGUAUAAUGUUUCCAUAAUCAGGAACUGGAGUUUGUCCACGUGGCAAAGUACCAAGAUCUGAUGAAAUUGGAUGGAGUUGGUUAACGAAUUUUAGAGUAAAUGUAAUUUAUGCUUUGCAGACCUGAUAAUAGUAUAUAAUUGUCUUCUACACCAAAUGCUGUCUGUAAUUCUUAACCUUUGAACGUUUCAUAGGCCCAGUUUGGAGAUGGCGUACAAAACGACUUUCUCUAUUUAAGUGAUAUUUCUGUUGGUAAAUUGGAAUGUUGUCUUUUUUUUUAAAUUUCUGUAUUUAUCAUUAAAGGAAAAUAAUUAGU